GAGCUGCGUGUCAUUCAAGUCACAGCCAACCUGCUGCCAUAAAAAAAGUAAAAACCAUUGUAUAUACUUUAACAACGCACAAUUCUGUCUAUGUUUGACCUUUAACAACUAAUGUAAGUUUAUUUUCCUUUUAAAUACUCCGAACUUGCUUGAAGAACAAAACAGCUGGAGGGUUUUAGUGCAGCUUUACACGGAAGCCGGUGUUACUUUGUUAAACAUGGCUGACGACUUUGGCUUUUUGGCCUCCGACAACGGAGUUCAAGAAGAUCCGGCCGCGGCGUUUCUGGCCCAGCAGGAGAGUGAGAUCGCCGUGAUCGAGAACGACAGCGCCGGGUUCGGUGCGAUGGAGGACGGUGGACCUCCGCCCGCGAACACGUACACGUCGUUUGGAGGUGACUUUGGAGAAGCACCAGCUACUGCUUUAAACGGAGAUAUGUUUCCAGACACCAAUGGCUCAACUGACAGCUACUCAGCCAUUGCCCAAGUCGACAUACAGAGACAAGAACCUGAGAGCCUGCGGAAAUGGAGAGAGGAACAAAAGGCUCGGCUUGAGGAAUUAGAUGCAGCUUCUAAAGCAGCUGAGGCUGUGUGGAGGGAGAAGGCCCGGAAGGAACUAGAGGACUGGCAUGUACACCAGAGUGAACAGAUGGAGAAGAAUAAAGCUAACAACAGAGUGUCAGAGGAGGCCUUCCUCAAGGAGUGCGAUGAUGACAGUCCUGGAACAGAAUGGGAGAAAGUGGCCCGUCUAUGCGACUUUAACCCCAAAACCAGCCGUCAGACUAAAGACGUGUCUCGGAUGCGCUCCGUUCUUAUUUCUCUAAAACAGACGCCUCUGCUUCGCUAACAUAACUCCCUCUUGUAUUCCCCAGGCUUUCUUUCUUAUUCCCUCUUGCACUUUAUUUUAGUGAGGCUUUUAUGGUUUUAAAAAGGGUCAUUGAAUGUGUAUGCUUCACUGUAUUUAAACUUCCUAUUUAUGUACCCUGGUGUUUUGCAAUGUCAGAAGACUUUGGCUGUUCCAUAUGUUGAAGAACAUAAGUGUGCCUCGAUCAUUUGAAAACAAGGCUUUUCCCUUAAUACCAAUAUACAUGAAAGGCAGCAGAUGUAUCCAAAUGCCAAAAGUAUUUUGGUUAGCUUAUGAGAUAUUUUUGUGAUUGUCGUGUUAUUUGCAAUGCCCACAAACCAUUACACAGCAUACCUUCACUGGAACCAGUAAGCGUCUUACACAGGAAAUGGAAGUGUUUAGUUACAGUCUAUACAGGGACAGUUGAGUUACCAUCUCUCAACCCUAUAUAGUAUUUUUUUUUCUACCAUUUAUUUGUCUUCUUAAGUUGAAUGUUGUGUUGUAAUCAGUAUCUGGGUUUGGUAUUAUCUGGUUUUGUUUAUUUCUGUUCACUGCCAAGAGGGAAGUCGCAUUUCUGAGCUUGCUGAGGUUCUUGUUUUAUUCUAAUUCACACAUUACCACUUUUCAAUAUUCAAAUAGUUGAGUGCAGUUUUUAAUUCAAUGUGCAUGUUGCCUAUAAAAGCUUCUGUUAUACUUAAAAUAAAAGAAAUCUUUUACAGGAGAAUUACUCAGAUGUAACCUGCUAAUAUACCACUGCACUGAAAUCCUUCAUGGCACAUUACAUAGCAGUUAAAUAAAUGUUACUAUAUACAUAAGGGACUAAUAAUAAUAAAUUUGAAUCAUGUGCUUUUCUAGUGUAUAGUUUGUAAUUGUGGCCUCAGUCUACAGCAAUGAAUCCUGUGCCUAAACCUUGUCUCACUGUGACACUUACUGUCUAUCUGUAGGCCUACAUCAUUCAAAGCUGCCAAAAGUGCUAGAAAUAAAACGUAGCACAAUAAGAUAAUGCAGGUAGUUGUAUUUUUACUUAUAAAAUGCUGCGAUUUAAACAUGUACUGCUUUUUAUAGUCCAGAUUUUGAAUUUGUAAUCCAUUUUGUUAAUUCAUGGCACAUGUAUACAUGUUACAGAUUAUUUGAAUAAGCGAGGAGGCCUUCUUUCUAUUAAAAACUGAAUUUUUGUUGGCUUUUAAGAUAACUUUAGUUGCAUAUUACAACAUAUGAUGGUUAAUAGCCAAAGAAACCAUCUGUAUGUUUUUGACUGCUUCAAAUAAACUUUGGGUUCUAAUUCAA